UACGUUGCAGAUGUGAUUCGCGGUACUAUCACUAUGGUCUGGUGCUUGAUCAUCUCUAUUCUUUACACUCUAGUGGACCCAUCAUUAUACUUCUCGCUCUUGUUUUUUCUUUAUGUGGGUUCUGUGUAAUCUAGUACGGCACUGUCUAGCUUUCAGAAGAACAUCUAGGCAUGAUUUUCACCGUUUGGAUAGGAAAGAACCUUUUUAAUUGGUAAUAAACUUUAAUGUCUAGGUUGGAUAAGCUGAGUAAGGGUUUGCUGUGAUUGUUUUGUAGAAGAGAAGAGAUUGUUGUGAAAUAUGUCUUCGAGGUCGACUAACAUGACAAGUUCUAGGGGAAGCUCUGUUCGAUCGAGGCAUGAUGCCCGGGUUAUUGCCCAAACCCCCAUUGAUGCUAAGCUUGCUUUGGAUUUUGAGGAGUCUAGGCGCCACUUUGACUAUUCCUCUUCAGUUGAUAUCAACCUGUCAACUUCUACUGGCAACAUAGCUCCUUCAACAGUUACAUCCUAUCUUCAAAAAAUGCAAAGAGGGAGUCUCGUCCAGUCUUUUGGCUGUCUAAUUGCUAUCGAUGAGCAAGAUUUCCGUGUUCUUGCUUAUAGUGAAAACGCCCCUGAGAUGUUGGAGUUAGCUCCUGUUUCGGUGCCUAACAUCCAACAACACGAGGCUCUAACCUUUAGUACUGAUGUAAGAACAAUUUUUGAUUCCGCUGGUGCUUCUGCACUUGAAAAAGCAGUACGUUUUCCUGAGGUUAAUCUCCUUAAUCCCCUCCUUGUUCAUUGUAAAAACUCGGGUAAACCCUUUUAUGCUAUUCUACAUAGAAUUGAUGUGGGGCUGGUUUUAGACUUGGAGCCGGUAAAUGUAGAUGAUAUAGUGGUUACUUCUGCAGGGGCUUUAAUAUCUCAUAAGCUUGCAGCUAAGGCGAUUUCAAGAUUGCAAGCGGUACCAAGCCAUAAUAUUCAUCUUUUGUGUGAAGUACUAGUUAAGGAGGUAAGUGAAUUGACGGGUUAUGAUCGGAUUAUGGUGUAUAAAUUUCAUGAAGAUGAGCAUGGAGAAGUGAUUGCUGAGCAUUGUAGAAGUGAACUGGAACCUUAUCUUGGGUUACAUUAUCCGGCGACUGAUAUACCACAAGCUUCAAGAUUUCUUUUUUUGAAAAACAAAGUGAGGAUGAUAUGUGACUCUCUUGCUUCUCCUGUAAAGGUCAUCCAAGAUGAAAAGUUAAUUCAACCACUGAGUCUUGGUGGAUCAACUUUAAGAGCUCCACACGGAUGCCAUGCGCAAUACAUGGCAAAUAUGGGUACCAUUGCAUCACUUGUAAUGGCUGUGACAAUAAACGAGGAAGAUGAUGAGGUUAGUGAUCGGCAAAGAGGAAGAAAGUUAUGGGGGUUGGUGGUGUGUCAUCACACAGAAUCUAGGUUUGUUCCGUUCCCUCAAAGAUAUGCUUGUGAAUUUUUGAUACAAGUGUUCGGCAUACAUAUUAACAAGGAAAUUGAAUUGGCCGCUCAAAUGAGGGAAAAACAUAUUUUGAGGAUUCAAACCGUGCUUUGUGACAUGCUCAUGAGAGAUUCCCCGGUAGCAAUUGUUACCCAGUCACCUAACAUGAUGGACUUGGUCAAGUGUGAUGGAGCUGCACUCUUGUUAAAUAGCCAAGUGUGGCUACUUGGCGUUACUCCAACUGAGCAACAAAUCAGAGACUUAGCACAGUGGCUUCUUGAACACCAUGGGAAUACUAGAGCAUUAAGUACUGACAGCCUCAAGGAAGCCGGUUACCAUGGUGCUUCGAAACUUGGGGAUGCAGUUUGUGGGAUGGUUGCCAUUAGAAUAACCUCUAAAGAUUUCUUGUUCUGGUUUAGGUCACAUACGGCCAAGGAAGUAAAAUGGGGAGGUGCAAAACAUGAGCCUGUGGAUACAGAUAAUAGGAGAAAAAUGCAUCCAAGAUCAUCAUUCAAGGCUUUCUUAGAGGUGGUCAAGUGGAGAAGUCUACCUUGGGAAGACAUGGAAAUGGACGCUGUCAAUUCGUUACAAUUGAUAUUAAGAGGGUUGUUGAAAAACAGUGCUACAAACGACAUGAAAACUCUUGUAAAAAGUUCGAAAAUGAUAGUGAAUGUACCUGGAAUUGAUAACACACUAGUGAAUAAACUCCAAACUCUUACUAGUGAAAUGAUUCGUCUUAUUGAAACUGCUGCUGUCCCAAUUUUCUCUGUGGACGCUUCUGGUGUUAUAAAUGGAUGGAAUGUCAAAAUGGCUGAAAUUACGGGGCUACUUAUAGAGCGAGCAAUUGGCUUGCCCUUAGUUGAUGUUGUUGCGGAGGAAACAGUUGAAACGAUUAAAAAUUUGCUCUCCAUGGCCAUGCAAGGUAUAGAAGAGAAAGAUGUUGAAGUAACAUUAAGAACAUUUGGGUUCCUGGAAAGGAAUUGUCCUGUAGUUGUAGUUAAUGCUUGUUGUAGUUGGGAUUCGAAUAAAAAUGUUACGGGAAUUUGCUUCAUUGGGCAAGAUGUUACUUUGCAGAAAAGCAUCAUGGAGAAAUAUACUGAACUCCAAGGUGAUUAUACUGGAAUAAUGAGGAAUGCUAAUCAUCUGAUUCCUCCGAUAUUUAUUAUGGAUGAGCAAGGCUUGUGCUUGGAAUGGAAUGACGCGAUGGAAAAACUCUCUGGUUUCACGAAAGAAGAAGCCAUUGGCCAGGUGCUUCUAGGAGAUGUGUUCACUACUGAAAGUAUCGGCUGCCAGCUCAAAGAUCAUGACACGUUGAUUAAGCUCAGGAUAGUACUAAAUAAAGUACUUGGCGGCGAGGAUGCAGAUAAAGUAUCUUUUACGUUCAUAGAUAGGCACAGUAGAUGCAUUGAGUCGUUGCUCUCUGCAAGUCCACGAACUGAUGCUGAGGGAAAGAUCACUGGAGUUAUGUGUUUUCUACAUUUACCUAGCCCAGAACUUCAAUACACGAUACACUUGCAAAGGGUUUCAAAGAAGGCUUCAGAGAGUACUCAUAAUAAGUUGGCAUAUUUACGAGAGCAGAUCAGAAAUCCAAUACAAGGGAUAAAAUUUAUUCGACAGUUAGCAGAGUCAUCUGAGUUGAGUGGAGGGCAAAACCAGUUGUUGGUUUCUAGGUCAUUGUGUGAAGAUCAAUUAAUGAACAUUAUUGAGGACACUGAUAUUCCAAGUAUUGAGGAAUGUUAUAUGGAAACUAAACCUGCUGAGUUUAAUCUGGGAGAUGCUCUCGAGGCUGUCAUGAGUCAAGUGAUGCUCUCAAGCCAAGAAAUCCAGGUGCAGCUCAUGCGUAAUUUACCUGCUGACGUAUCAUCUAUGUGUCUAUAUGGCGACAAUUUGAGGCUCCAGCAAGUCCUUUCAGAUUUUUUGACAAUUGCUUUCCGUUUUACCCCUGCGUUCAGUGGAUCCUCGGUCAUGUUCAUAGUCAAUCCUAGAAGGGAAUCUAUAGGAGCAAAAAUGCAACUUCUUCAUGUUGAGUUUAGGAUCGUACAUCCAUCCCCAGGUGUCCCAGAAGAUCUGAUCCAAGAGAUGUUCCAUCGCAACAAUGGCAUGUCAAGAGAAGGACUAGGCUUGUACAUUAGUCACAAACUCGUAAGAAUCAUGAAUGGCACAAUGGAAUAUGUUAGAGGAGAAGAUUUUUCAUCAUUCGUUAUCCGUCUAGAAUUUCCGCUCAUUCAAGAUGUUGGCCACAAAUGAACUUACUUUUCAGCUACACAGCUAAAAAACCAUAAAAGCAGCAAUUAUAGUGAAAAUGGAGUAUCUGAACCGAACACUCCACAGAUUGGUACUCCAGUUUGAAGAUUCUGAAGUAGGGUGUCUCCAUUAAAGCGCUAUGCAAUGCAACGCCUGCAUAUCAUUUUGCACUCAACGGAAAUUUCUGCUCUGUCUUUUGAUUUAACCCUUCAUAUGUGUUGUGAAGUUGCGUUGUCUUUGGAGGCUGUUGCCCGAGAAAAUUACAAUUUGACGUUGAAGUGAGGAAUGCCCAUCUGGUAAUGACUUCCCGUUUAAUCUCCCAUGAGGCAAACUAAAUGUAUACGAGCAAUCAUUCUGCUGAUAGCUGGGAAAUCAGUAGUGUCAGAUGGAGUUGAUUUGCGCCACGGUACAAUAAGACAGGUGUGUAAGUAUGUUGAUCUGUCGUUUCUUUUAUUCUCGUAAAAUAAUGUAAAAUUAGAUCAGGACCAGGUUGUUUAUUUUGUACAGAAGAGCUGAAGGAGAUCUAUGUAUAGUAUUUAGCAUUCAUAUUUCAAAGAUUUUCACUUAAUUAGUUUCAGCUGCUAGAGGAAUGAGCAAAAUUUAGUGCCAUCUGAUUGACAGUUCUUAGGAGUUCCACAAUUUUUGGAAAUUUCAUGUCACUUUCUUCUGCUAGUGAAUAAACGUUUAAUAACCCGCUUAAAUGUUGGUAUUAAGUGAAGUUAAUGAUAUAUGUAAUGUAUUUUCCAUAUUUAAAAGUUAAAACCCUUAUGCUCAAACAUUUUUUUUCUUCACUUAAUAUCACAUUUUCAAGUUAUAAUAGAUGGAAAUAAAUUUUGGGUACAAAAAGUUGAUUGAAGUAGAAUAACUAUUAUCAUCAACCUUGUACAAUAAAUUUGCUUAGCUAAAUUAAUUAAUUUUUCAGUCAUUUACCCUAACCAAACAGGACAUAAAGAUGGGUAAAGGCUGCACUCUGGUUAUUCGUUUUAAUUUCUUGGAAUGAGUAAAAGAGUAGAAGUUUUGGGUAUGGUCCCACCAGGAUGCCUUCUGGGUGUUACUGUGAGAAAGUGGCUUCUUUUCCUUUCUUAUAUAAAGUUGGUGUAAUUCUUUUUGACAGCUUUGUGUGUUUUGGCUUGCUCAUGACUCAUGGGAAUGCAUUUGAUUUUGCUGUACAGAUGAAUAAAAGUGAUUCUUUGAUUUUUGAUUGCCUUUUUAU